AUGGCGCCUCCCGAGCCGCCCCCCUCACGCGUCUUCGCCGAGCUCGACCUGGCCCCGUCUCCAUCCCCGGAUGGACGCGUCGGGCCCCCGGUGCUGCCCGGCCGGGAGGUGCACGUGAGCGGCAGCGCGGAGCUGAGCGCCCUCCCGGACCGGGCGCGGGUGUCGCUGCGGCUCGGCAGCCGCAAGGAGGCGGCCGCGGCGGCCCGGAGCAGCGUGUCCCGCCGGCUGCAGUACAUCGCCCACAGCGCCCGCCAGCGAGGCGUCCCGGAAGAAAAUAUGACUGUAACAGAAGAUUUUAGUAGGGUAGAAAAUGCUUACCAAAUGGAAGCAGAGGUCUGUAUCAUAUUCAGUGAUUUCGGACAAAUGCAGAACGUUUGCAAUCUACUCAUUGAAAAGUUAGGAACCUCUGUUACCAUCAAUCCACCUCAUUUCUACCAUACACCAGAAGCCAUAGACACCCUUCGCCGUCAAGUGUGUGUCACUGCCGUUGGGAACACACGCCGGAAAGCCCAGGAAGUGUGUCGACUGUUUGGCCAGGCACUGGGAAAGCCUUUAUUGAUAAAAGAAGAAGAAACAAAAGAAUGGGGAGGCCACAUAGACAGUCACCUGUCACAGUCUGCUGAUUCACUGACUCUGCAGGAAAGAAUCCAGAAUGCUACUGCUUAUGCUUCUUGCAGAAUCUUCGCUGUGUUUGAGAUAAAGGGAAAAGAAAACAGGAGAAACAAGUUGCUCUAG